AUGCUGACCGCUCUUCCGAAAGCCCACUCGGACCCGUCCAACCACCUCUCCGCCGACGACUCGAGGGGAGCUGAAGGGCGUUCCGGGUCAACGUCGGAGCAAUCCGAAGGCCAUCCCAAAAAGAAACGCUCGUUUUUGAACAUUCCUCGAUCUGGAUCGCAGGCUGGCGAAGAGGCGACCGCGACCGGCUCUGGCCUCAGUGGAAACACGGUCGGCGACAACGCCGAAAGCAUAGGAAAGGGCUCAAAGCGUAGCUUCCUUGGUAAGAGACGGGCUGGCAGCACGGCGAGCAGCAAACACUCUCAAAAGGCAAAGGCGCCCACGACCGAAAAGUCGACCGAACAUGCGCAACCCUCCGGCGCGGCUGGAUCCCCCCCGCAGACGCCCAAGAAGAAGGGCGGCAUCUCGAAGCUCCUGUCCGUCCUCAGCUGCUGCGGCGUGCCGGAAGAGGGCAAUGUAGUCGAGCACGAGGAGCAGGCAGAAGCGCCCAAGAAGGCGACCAAGCUACGCUCAGUGCGCAAGUCUCAGCCCACACCGCCUGCGUCGUCGAAGCAGAAGGACACCAGCGCGGCGGAAUCGAGCAUGGCUGAUUCGAAGGAUCCCGUUGACGAGAAGGCCGGCGAAGGUCACUACAACACGAGCGCUGGCGCAAGGCUCGCCAAGGACGGUCUCGAGAAGCCUCCACAGGGUGACGCACAGAUGGACAAGCCCGUGCCUGAAGUCCCCGCCGAGGAACAGGCCGCUACUGAGGAGACUUAUUCUCCUCCUCCUCAGGAGCAGCCGUUGCCCCCGGCGCCAGUCGAGCCUGAACAUCUGGACGUCCACCAUGACUCCGAAUCCGGCCCGCAGGUCACCGUCCAGACGCCUACGCCAUUGCCGGAAGAGGAGCAGCAGAUUUCUGACAGGACCCCCGCGCAGCAGCAGAGGGAUACGGACAUUGAGAUGACCGAUGCCGGGCCAUCGAUACCAAUUGCUGCGAACGAGGUCCCCGCAACCGAGGAAACUGGUCCUGAAGUUGUUCAGACCGAGGCGGCGCCUACGAAAAUCGACCUACCGCCCCCUCCGCCCCUUGCCGAUCGCCAAGCUCAGACCGCGGCGCCCGUACAACAAGUCACGCCCAAGAGCCAGGAGAGCUCGCUUGCUGUCAGUCCGGUUGAGCCUCCGCAGAAAUGGCUGCUCCCGCCGAUUAAGCCGGAGUUCAAGGGGAAGAAGUGUUUGGUGUUGGAUUUGGAUGAAACGCUGGUCCACAGCAGUUUCAAGAUUCUCCACCAGGCUGAUUUCACGAUCCCGGUCGAGAUUGAAGGGCAGUACCACAAUGUCUACGUCAUCAAGCGCCCCGGUGUGGAUCAGUUCAUGAAGCGCGUCGGUGAGCUUUACGAGGUUGUGGUCUUCACCGCGUCCGUGUCCAAGUAUGGCGAUCCUCUUCUGGACCAGCUUGACAUUCACGGUGUUGUGCACCACCGUCUCUUCCGUGAGAGCUGCUACAACCACCAGGGAAACUACGUUAAGGAUCUUUCUCAAGUCGGUCGCGACCUAAAGGAGACGAUCAUUAUCGACAACUCGCCUACGUCUUACAUUUUCCACCCGCAGCACGCCGUGCCCAUCAGCAGCUGGUUCUCCGACGCACACGACAACGAGCUCUUGGAUCUCAUUCCUGUGCUCGAGGACCUUGCCGGCCCUCAGGUCAGCGACGUGAGCUUAGUGCUGGAUGUUGCACUGUAAGUCAAUUGCGGCAGAGAUAGGCUGUUGCCAGCAUAACCACCAUCAAAGGCCACAUUGACACCCCUCCAAGGACGCCCGGUGACUGCGUUACGCAUGUCGAAAAUCGAAGUCCCGUCUUUAUGGCCCUCGAGGUAUAAUCCGUUACGCUGGAUUCACAGUCAUCGCCUCUCUGCUGGCCUUGCCAUGCAUCUUCUCAUCAUACGAUCGAUAUCCUUCGAGCAUCCUUAUCAGGCUGCGUCGGCAACUAGCUAGACUGUACUGUUUAAUCCGUGUAAUCUGCAUGACAG